AUGUUCUCUCUUCCUCUCAACUGUUCUCCCGACCAUAUAAGGAGAGGCAGCUGCUGGGGGCGUCCCCAGGAUCUAAAGAUAGCGGCCCCUGCCUGGAACUCUAAAUGCCACCCUGGAGCGGGAGCCGCAAUGGCACGGCAGCACGCCCGGACCUUGUGGUACGACAGGCCCAGGUAUGUGUUCAUGGAGUUUUGUGUUGAGGACAGCACCGAUGUCCACGUGCUUAUUGAGGAUCACCGCAUUGUGUUCAGCUGCAAGAAUGCCGAUGGAGUGGAGUUGUACAAUGAGAUUGAGUUCUAUGCCAAAGUGAACUCCAAGGACUCCCAGGAUAAGCGCUCUUCCCGCUCUAUUACUUGUUUUGUGAGAAAAUGGAAGGAAAAGGUGGCCUGGCCGCGGCUUACCAAGGAAGAUAUCAAGCCAGUGUGGCUGUCUGUGGACUUUGAUAACUGGAGAGACUGGGAAGGGGAUGAAGAGAUGGAGCUGGCUCAUGUGGAACAUUAUGCAGAGCUUUUGAAGAAGGUCAGCACCAAGAGACCUCCACCUGCCAUGGAUGAUUUGGAUGAUGAUUCUGACAGUGCUGAUGCAACAAGUAAUUAACUUUCUGUGACAGCAAAGCUGGGAAGGCAGCUGUGGCUAUUUUCCAGUUGUUCUAGAAAGCUAGCACCUAGGCCUUUGUCAGCGCUUUGGCUGUGCACCAAGUUCUUCUGAGAUCUCUGAACUUUCCUAGAAGCUCUUUAUUAAGGGUCGUUCUUCAAGCUUGUCUUCCUCCUAAGCACUUGACUAUGGCUCCACAUCAGAUGCAGGGUCGGGGAGGGGUAGACUGGUAGGGCUUCUGAUUUCUUACUGAUUGGUUUCUAAUCUCUGUGUUUAGGCCACUUGAUUAUUUGAGUAUGUGUGUGUAUGUGGCAAAACAAAAGCCAAAGAAGAAUGCAGAUUAUAGAAAUCUCUACUAUGUGUGCAUAUGGGGCAAAGCAAAAAGCCAAAGAAGAAACAGAUUAUAAUAAAUCUCUAGGAACUGUUCUCUGUCUGUUUCCUUCUUGUACUUAUUCCUCCUGGUGGCAAGCCUCUUCUCCCUCUAGUAACCAAGCUGGGGUGCUUCCUCUUGCCCAGAUUUGUGCUCUGAUUUCUUACAGCUAAUUCUGUCAUCUCUAGAACCAGCCACUUCAGCUUCCUGCACACUCUAGAAAUCUCUUUAUACUUUUUUUUUUUUU